AUGGAAGAAGUUGAUUAUGGAGAUGCGGAAAGAUAUGUGAAUGACGAAUCGAUUGAGAUUGCUUGGGCAAUGAAGGUAAUUUUGAAGUUUUAAAGUUUUUUUUUAAAUUUUCCUAUAUUUUCAGGCUGGUGAGCGAUCGAAUGUUCAUAUGAAUUUGAUAAUGCGAUGCGAUACACGAGUCUUGCGAUUGAACAAAAUGCAACCCGAGAUUUUGAAAGCUUUCCGUGAAAUUUUCCCAGAUAUGAAUGUGGAAAAAGUCACCACAGCCGAAUUGAAAGACGGAGGAAUGAAAGAGAAAUGGCGAGAAUUCUGCGAAUUGUUCAAGGAAAGUGUGGAAGACUAUUCAAUGGGAACUUUGAUGAGAAUUGAGGCUAACAAGGCAUACAGUCCUGAUAAUACAGUUGUUGUUCCAAGAAUCAUUUAUCUUGCGAUUGAGAUGUCGAGAAAUGUUGAAGGAAUCAAUGAGAAUGUCAAACAACAAUACAUUGAUCACUACAAUUCCCUUGAAUCUCUAUAG